AUGGAAGAACUCCCACUUGAAAUUUGGUUCUUGAUCACCGAGUUCUUCACGGACGAGGACCUGUACAAUGUCAUCGGCGUGAAUCGCUUCUUCUUCAACCUGGGUAUGAAUAAGAAGUACCGAGAAGUAACGCUAGAUACAGGGGAUAGAAAGAUACGUAGAUGGCUCGUUCGUGUCAGUGACCAAGGCAUAGCUAGCAGAAUCAGACGCUUAAUACUGCAUAUCCAUCCGGUCAAUGAGCCUGCUCCGCAGGAGCAAAGUCAACGGAGCCUGCUUGACUUCCUUUUCCUCGCACUUGACCGCGUUCGACACGGCACUGCGAGCAACCCCAGCCCUAAACUCGAGCCUCUUGACGUCAACGGGAUGAUCGACAAAUUCGUCACCGUCCUUCCCUUGAUGACAGGGAUCGAAGAUUUUCGAAUCGUGACCUGGGCCUUGCCACCACACUACAACCUAGACCAACUCUACCUCACCGCGUGGAUCCCUGCUCAAAUCCAUCCUUCAUUCCCGUCCCUCAAGAUUCUGGAGCUCGAAUUCUCGGACAGCAUCUUCCCUGAUGACCCAGCCGAGUACGAUAUCCUGACGGUGGACCUGGUGCCAUUCGUCAACGCACUCUCCCCACAGAUCGAAGGCUUCAAGGUGCGGUCCUUCGCGAAACUAGACCUGUCAAGUCUAUUCCUCAACAUGCCGCCUUUCACUUCGUUGGAAUCUACCUUAAUCCGGAUCCCCUUCGAUUCGGCAGUCCGUCGUGAUCCCAGUGGCCUCCGUCACUUCCUCCUCCGCUCGUCCGAAACGUUGAAGGAUGUGGUGAUUCGGUUAACGCCCAUGGGACUGGCAUUGCAGCCAGCGGCAGAAGAACCCGUGUGCGAAUGGCUUGCGGAGUGCGUCGCUGACCCUGGUUGUUUUUCCAACGUCAAACGCCUCGAUAUCUGCCCUACCAACCUCCCUGCCGGAAUCGACAUCCUCAAUCGUUGCAUAUCCAAUUCGCACAGGCAAAUGACGGAGUUUAGAGUUCGGGAUCGCUAUCUCAAGACUGAAGAAGCUGUCGCACUUUCGAAGACUCUAAGCGCCUGUCCCAACCUCACUACGUUGCAUUUGAACAUCUUCCAGCUGAGCCAUAAUGUCUUUGACGCCUUUGCGAGGGAUCUGCCUGCUCUUCGCAUCUUACAACUAUGGAUCGGCGAGCCAAGUUCGAUGGUGUCGACGAAUACUUCUACGACUUUGGAAACAUUCCGAAAGGAUAUGGAGACGAGGAGGUACAUGGAUUGGAAGCUGUGGGAUUUAACCAUCUGGGAAAGUGGGCAUGACUUGGACAGCGAGACGAUGCUCACCUUGAUGCGAAGCAUCCCGUCUCUCAAGAGUUUUGGGGCCAAAUUCGAGGAUUAAUUCCUUGAAGAAUGGUCCGAUCAAUUAUUCCCCUGCUCUUUGGACUAGGCCUGUAUUAUAAACCCGAGGUUGCAGCUCGCUAAUCCAAUGACUCGAAUUGA